AUGGCUGCCUCCACCAUGUCCGUCUGCUCUGAUGCUUGCACCAACUCCUCCUGGCAGGUGGAUGACUGCCCAGAGAGCUGCUGUGAGCCUAGCUGCUGUGCCCCCAGCUGCUGCCAGCCUAGCUGCUGUGCCCCCAGCUGCUGCCAGUCCAGCUGUUGUGUUCCCAGCUGCUGUGCCCCAGCCCCCUGCCUGACCUUCAUCUGUACCCCAGUGAGCUGUGUGUCCAGCCCCUGCUGCCAAUCUGUCUGUGCUAGCUCCUGUGAACCCUCAUGCUGCCAACAGUCUAGCUGCCAGCCAGCUUGCGGCACCUGCUCUCCUUGCCAGCCAUCCUGCUGUGUGACCCUGUGCUGCAAGCCUGUCUGCUGCACACCCAUCUGCUCUGGAUCCUCCUCAUGCUGCCAAUCCUCCUGCUGUGUGCCUGUCUGCUGCAAGCCUGUCUGCUGCAAGCCCUGCUCCAGCGUGUCCCUGCUCUGCCGCCCUGUGUGCAGACCUGCCUGCUGUGUGCCCAGCUCCUCCUGCUGUGCCUCCUCCUGCCAGCCCAGCUGCUGCAAGCCCUGCUCCAGCAUGUCCCUGAUCUGCAGCCCUGUCUGCUCCCGUCAGGCCUGCUGUGGUCUCUCGAGCUGCUGCUGA